AUGGCACCUCCUCAUAUAUCGCAGGAAGCCAAAUCCCCUGAAAACGACCAUGCUGCCACCAAAACCUGUCUACUAGACACUUCAGAUGCACUGACUCCCGACCCAGGCACCGAGGACAUGUUCAAAACUGAGAAAAGCAAAUUUGCUUUCAACCCAGGCCAGCUUUCUAAGUUGCUCAAUCCCAAAAGCCUCAACGCCUUUUAUGCUCUUGGGGGAAUUGAUGGUAUAGAGAAGGGACUGCAUACAGAUCGCAAUGCUGGCCUCAGUACCGACGAGUCCACCGUGGAUGGAGAGGUCGCAUUCCACGAAGUUGCGCCAAAAGGAACGCCAAAACACGGGACGGCUGGUGAUGCAAUACCGGAGAGUAAUGCUGAAGCAGCAAUUCAUAUUCCUCCUCCUGAGGAUCCCAACCCUACAGGGAUUUUCUGCGACCGAAAAAAGAUCUUCAGAGACAAUCGCCUUCCUGAUAAGAAGACAAAAUCCCUCUUGGAGAUCGCCUGGACAACCUAUAACGACAAAGUUCUCAUUCUCUUGACCAUUGCGGCGAUCAUAUCACUAGCUCUAGGCCUUUACCAAACCUUUGGAGGUGAGCAUAAAAAGGGGGAACCCAAAGUUGAAUGGGUUGAAGGUGUCGCAAUUAUCGUUGCUAUCGUUAUUGUUGUGCUGGUCGGUACAAUCAACGAUUGGCAUAUGCAGCGACAGUUCACCCGGCUCACUAAGAAAACCAAUGAUCGUAUGGUCAGUGUUAUUCGUUCAGGGAAGUCCCAAGAGAUAUCCAUCAACGACGUCAUGGUCGGGGAUGUCAUGCAUCUUGCCACGGGAGACAUCGUACCAGUAGAUGGCAUCUUUAUUCAAGGCAGCGCCGUCAAGUGUGACGAGUCCUCAGCUACUGGAGAGUCAGAUCUGCUCCGAAAGACACCAGCAGCAGAUGUGUUCGAUGCAAUCCAGAAACUCGAUACCAAGGAGGCAGAGAAGCUCGAUCCUUUCAUCAUCUCGGGAAGCAAGGUCAACGAGGGCAAUGGGACGUUUCUUGUAACUGCUGUGGGUGUGAAUUCCAGCUAUGGCCGAAUCUCAAUGGCCCUCCGCACCGAACAGGAAGACACACCCCUACAGAAGAAGCUCAACAUCUUGGCAGAUUGGAUCGCCAAAGUGGGUGCUGGCGCCGCGCUAUUGUUAUUCGUCGUGCUCUUCAUCAAGUUCUGUGCUCAGCUUCCAAAAAACCGCGGGUCUCCCUCUGAGAAGGGUCAAGAAUUCAUGAAGAUAUUCAUCGUCUCAGUCACUGUUGUUGUAGUGGCUGUCCCCGAAGGAUUGCCCUUGGCAGUCACACUGGCACUGAGCUUUGCGACUGUCAAGAUGCUCCGCGACAACAAUCUCGUUCGAAUCCUCAAGGCCUGCGAGACGAUGGGUAAUGCCACGACUGUUUGCUCUGAUAAAACUGGGACACUUACCCAGAAUAAAAUGACGGUCGUUGCCGCCACACUUGGUAAAACAACCAUUUUCGGCGGUACUGAUCCGCCAAUGGACAAGUCCUUGUACAUCGAACGGAAGACUCUCACUGUACCCAAUAUCCCAGACGCCGACUUCGUGAAAGGACUAAGUCAACAAGUCAAGACUCUACUCAUCCAGUCCAAUGUGCUCAACUCGACGGCCUUCGAAGGUGACCAAGAUGGCCAGAAGACAUUCAUCGGUUCUAAGACUGAGGUUGCUUUACUUGCCUAUUGCCGAGACCAUCUAGGAGCCGGGCCAAUUCAAGAGAUACGAUCUUCUGCCAAUAUCGUGCAGACAGUGCCUUUCGAUAGCAAGAACAAGUACAGUACUGUAAUUGUUAAGCUGUCCAGUGGAAAGUAUCGCGUAUACGCAAAGGGCGCUUCUGAGAUACUGCUGGAAAAGUGUACCAAGUGUCUCGAAAAUGUGUCACAUGGGGAAACAAUGUCCGUCCCCCUAACUGAAGCGGAUCGAGACAUGAUCGGUAUGGUCAUUAGCUCCUAUGCAGGACAGACUCUCCGAACCAUCGGGUCAUCAUACCGCGACUUCGAAUCCUGGCCACCUGAGGGAGCUGUCUCCCCGGAUAACCCGCAAUACGCAGAUUUCAAUGCUGUGCACCAAGGUAUGACGCUGAUUGGAAUAUACGGUAUCAAAGACCCGCUGCGACCGACUGUAAUCAGUGCUCUCGAGGACUGUCGCCGGGCUGGCGUCUUUGUGAGAAUGGUAACUGGUGACAAUAUCCAAACGGCCUCUGCUAUUGCCUCCGAAUGUGGUAUUUUCCGUCCUGAUGAAGGUGGCAUUGCGAUGGAAGGCCCCGAGUUUCGAAGACUUCCACCCGAAGAGCUCAAACAAAAGGUGAGACAUCUUCAAGUGCUGGCCCGCUCAAGCCCCGAGGACAAACGGAUCCUGGUCCGUACCCUUAAAGAUCUCGGGGAAACAGUGGCAGUAACAGGCGAUGGAACGAAUGACGCGCCAGCUUUGAAGAUGGCAGACAUUGGAUUCUCCAUGGGCAUUGCUGGAACAGAAGUGGCUAAGGAGGCAUCGUCAAUUAUCCUUCUUGAUGACAACUUUGCUUCGAUUGUCAAGGGCUUGAUGUGGGGUCGUGCCGUCAAUGAUUCUGUCAAAAAGUUCCUUCAGUUCCAACUGACUGUCAACAUUACAGCCGUGGUAUUGACGUUUGUCUCAGCUAUUGCAAGCAGCAAGCAGGAAUCUGUUCUUAACGCUGUCCAACUCCUUUGGGUCAAUUUGAUCAUGGACACCUUUGCAGCCCUUGCAUUGGCCACAGACCCUCCUGCGAGGAGUGUCCUUGACCGGAAGCCAGAUCGAAAGUCGGCACCGCUCAUUACAUUGAGAAUGGCCAAGAUGAUCAUAGGACAGGCUGUUUGUCAACUUGUAAUCACAUUCGCGUUAAACUUUGGUGGCAAGACCCUUUUAGGCUGGUACGGAGACUCCGAACAUGAUACCAAGCAGCUCAAGACACUCGUCUUCAACACAUUUGUCUGGUUGCAAAUUUUCAACGAAAUCAACAACCGUCGGCUGGAUAACAAGCUCAACAUCUUUGAAGGUCUCCAUCGCAAUGUUUUCUUCAUCAUAAUCAACCUCAUCAUGAUUGGAGGCCAAGUCCUCAUCAUUUUCGUAGGUAGUGAUGCCUUUGAGAUUGUUCGCUUGAACGGUAAAGAAUGGGGACUAUCGAUCGGCCUAGGCGCCAUCUCUGUUCCUUGGGGUGCACUAAUCAGACUCUGUCCCGACGAGUGGAUUGCUGUGUGUCUUCCACGUUUCCUUCGCAGAAAAUGGAUCUCGCCUCCCGCUGAAGAUUUGACGAUUGACAAGUCGCUGGAUUCUGACGAUGAAUUUGUACGGCCACCACUUCGCGUCAUGAGCUCCAUCAGGGGUCCGCGAGUCCAGCAACAUAUUGGGUUCAGGGAGAGGGUGCGUAGGUACAAAGAGGCGAAGGAUAGGAUAAGAGAGGAGUUGCAGGAGAAGCCCGACAUAUCAAGAGCAGGGAUGGAUCAAGUUCAGGAAGAGCGGUGA